CCGCCCCCCCCAAGUCGUUUCCCCCACCCCCCUCGCCCCUCCCUCCUGGGGGGGCUGGCGUGCUCCGUUGCUGCCCCUCUCUGCUGCCGCCGCCACCGGGAGGCAAGAUGAAUGGAAGGACUGAUUUUGGGACAGAGCAGAAUGCAGAAGUCUCACCACCACUCCCCAACAUUGGAAUGGAUUACAUACCAACAGAAGAAGAAAGAAAAGUCUUUGCUGAAUGUAAUCGAGAGAGCUUUUGGUACAGAUCUGUUCCCUUUUCUGCAACUAGUGUGUUGGUUACUCAGGGAUUAAUUACUAAAGGAAUUCUUUCCAGUCAUCCCAAAUAUGGUUCUAUCCCUAAAAUUGCAUUUGCUUGCAUAAUGGGAUAUUUUGCUGGAAAAAUUUCCUAUGUGAAAACUUGCCAAGAGAAGUUUAAACGACUUGAAAAUUCUCCUCUUGGAGAAGUUCUGCGAAUGGGACCAGCACGUCGAUUUGCAUCACCUGGGUAUUUUUCACAAAAGUCAGAAUUUGAUUCAAAAAUGCCUCCACAGUCAUCUUUUGGAACAUCUCCAACUUCUGAAAGCAGUGCAAAAGAAAGUGCUUUUCCUCCUUAUGAACCAGUCCCCUUCAGUGCUUCCAUGAAUGAAUCCUCUCCUACUGGUAUUACUGAUUAUAAUGCCCAAGGACCUGAUACAAUUGUGGAAGAAAGUCCUAAGAGAAAAGUUGUUACAUAUGAAGAAUUAAGGAAUAAGAACAGAGAAACAUAUGAAGUAACCUUGUCACAAAAAGGUGAUACCCCACUUCGGUCUGUGCAAGAAAGAGCACCAAAAAAACAAGGGAAAGUAAACCAAUAUGGAGAUACUUGGGAUGAGUGAAAAAAAUUGUCAUCUACUGAAGAGCGUUUGCGUUGAGUCUACUGAAGAGAAUUUCAGCUAACCAGCGUCAUCUAGAUGGUCAUGAGCAUCUGCAGGAAAGUGCAGAAGCAGCUUCCAUAAGCAUAUUCAAAAGAAGAAACUUGGGUUUUUAGUAGUGUGGCUUAACAGAAGGUUUAAAAUUAAUUAUGGACUUUAAGGUUAAUAUUGUAUCAGUGUACAUACACUGCUUGGGAAACCAGAUGAAUGAAGGUACUGGACUGUGAUUUUAUAAUUUAUAAAAUCGUUUAUAAAAAUUGGUUAAACUACUCUUAAAGUAUCGUCAAAAGACUCUGAUGCACUGAAAUGGGCAUAGACAGAUCAAGUACUAUAUGUGUGUUUGUGCACAUAUGGGCAAAGCAACCAAAACUUUUAAGUAUUAAAACCCCAUGUGAGAGAUUUGCUUUUUUUUUCCCAAAAAAGAUUUGCCAUGUCUUCAUGUAUAUCUUGUCAAUUAAAGUUGGAAACAAUAUGCAACUAUUCCUGUAUUUAUUGAAUAUGUGGUUUCUGUCUUUCUAGCUUGUAAUGAACUUGUGAACAUGUUACAAGUAGAGUUGAGUCAGGAUAAGAAAGAGAAAUUCUGGUCAUCUGUUUUAAUAAAAAAAAAAAAAAAACACUAAAUUUGGGAUAAGGGAACUGGACUGAAAUGCCAGCUGGAUCUCUUAUAUGACCUUGGGAAGGGCCUCAUUUUCCUUAUCCAUAAAAUAAAGGGUUUGAGUAGAUGAGCUCUAAGCUACCUCCUUUGAUCUCAGAACAUUUUUAAAAUAAUUUUAAGAAUAAAUGUGACUCAUCAUCAGAUGACUGCUCUGACAAAUUGAUUUUCAGUGUAUUGGAAGGAAAUGGCUACAAGAAAAGGCCCAAGCAAGCAUAUUUCAAAAAUAAAACCCUCUAUGUGUGGUACAGAUCCUUUGGGAACAAUAAUUGGACACACUCCUUCUUUGCUGUAAACUCAAUUUGUGAUCCUGUUUUGGGGCAGAUAAAAAUGUGCUUAUGGUUUUACCACAUCCUAUUGUUGAUCAUGGAUAACUACCACUUAAGAGGGAACAACUUUUGGCUUUUGCAUAAAUGUUCCAGUAGAAAUGAUAAUAAAGAAGCUGACGUGUUGUGGCAAAACUUAA